CCAGGGCUUAUACCAGCCAUUAGUUCUGAUUACUGGGGAACUUUUGAGGCGCAAAAUGGCCGUGAUGAUUGGAAUCGCUUUCAGAGUUUCUUGGCUUUGUUGCCUGCUAUUUGGCGGGAUACUGUGUUCCACAUCAAGUGAUGGGUAUCCUGCACCAGGUUCUGAUGCAACAUGGCUCUAUACAGGCCCACUUAGGUCUAAAGGAUAUGGUAAUUACAACUCUCCAACAGCUCAAUUGCAAGCGCAGCUGACCGAAGAGCAACAGAAAAAUCUGGCAGCCAUCCUGCAAAAGCAACUGGCCCCCAUGCCCCAGGCACCUCAGAAAAUGUGGUAUCCAACUCAAAUGCCCCAGCAGGAAAAGCAAGCGGCCGCCAUGACCCAACAGCAGAUGCUACAGGCCAGUUAUCCUAAGCAGCCUCAAGCAAUGUUGUAUCCAGCUCAAAUAUCCCAGAAGCAACCAGUUACUGGACUUCAGCAUCAGAAGGAACAGGCCUCAAUACCCCAGCUACCUCAGCAAGUGUGGUAUCCAGUUAUAAUGCCUCAGCAGCAAAAGCAACCAGCUACUGGUCCUCAGCAGCAGACGGAACUGACCACCAUGCCCCAGAAGCAACCGGCUCCAAUGCCUAUUCCGCAGAAACAACCAACAGCUAUGCCCCAGAAAGCAUGGUAUCCAGCUCAAAUGCAGCAGAAGCAACGGGCCACCGUGCACCAGCAAGUGUGGCAUCCAGCUCAAUUGCCCCAGCAGCAAAAGCAACCGGCUACUGAACCUCAGCAGCAGAAGGAACCGGCCUCACUAACCCAGCAACCUCAGCAAGUGUUGCAUCCAGCUCAAAUGCUGCUGAAGCAACUGACUGCCCUGCCCCAGCAAGUGUUGUAUCCAGCUAAGCCCCAGAAGCAACUGGCCGCUGAUCCUCAGGAGCAGAUUGAACUGACCGCCAUGCCCCAGCAACCUCAGCAAGUGUGGUAUCCAGCUAAAAUGCCCCAGAAGCAACCAACCGCUGAACCUCAGUGGCAUCCAGCCAAAUUUCCCCAGGAGCAACCCGUCCCUAUGCGUCAACUGCAGAAGGAACUGAUCGCCAUUCCACCACAACUGUUGCAAUCCGCUCAAAUUCCCCAGCAGCAUAAGCAACCGGCUGCCAAGCUUCAGCAAGUGUGGCAACUGGCCCCCAUUCCCCAGCAGCCUCAUGACGUGUGGUAUCCAGCUAAAAUGGUCCAGAAGCAACAAGCAGCUGCAACUCGGCAGCAGAAGGAACUGACCACCAUGCCUCAAGAGUGGCAUCCAGCUCAAUUUCCCCAGCAGCAGAAGCAACCAGCCCUAAUGCUUUUACCGCAGAAGGAACUGACCGCCAUAUACCAGCAACCUCAGCAAGUGUGGUAUCCAGCUAAAAUGCCCGAGAACCAACCAACCACUGAACCCCAGUAGCAGAAGCAACCGACCGCCUUGGCCCAGCAAGUGUGGUCUCCAGCUCAAAAUCCCCAGCUGCAGAAGCAACCGGUUGCUGAACCUCAGCAGCAGAAGGAAC